AUGGUGGAUGUAAAGGACUUGAAAAGUGCAAGGCUUAUUGCCAUAGGCCACAUUGUGGUUGGAAUAUUGCUUAUGGUAUUCGGAAUUGUGGACCGCGUUGAGGGAUAUUUUUGGACCGGCGAAGGAUGUUUUGGAAUAUGGUGCGGCGUUUGGGUACGUACUAGAUAAAUGCAAUACUAUACGCAACGAUUCGUCGAGGUUUCGCAGCUUGUGCAGAAUAGGGUGGCGAAAGGCAGUGAUUUGAAGCAUAAAACUGGGUCAACUACCCACUCUUAAGUUCUCGCCCGUUUCAAAUUCGAUGGAUUAUAAAGAUUCUGAUCGGGUGAAUUUGGCUGCUCGAAUUGAAUUGCUUCGGGGAUUAUCGAAGUGUUGUGCAAAGAAUAAAUCGAAGAUAGUUUUACACCUCCUUCGCCAUAAGAAACAUGAAUUUGAAAAAUAAUUUUAUCGAUCCGUAGAAACGAAGUUUAUUAAAUUAUUACAUUACUAAAUGCAAGUUUGCGUGAAAAACAUUUUAACAACUUUUUUGAAGAAAGUUUAAAAAGGGUUGCAGUAAAGUAGAACGCGUCCCCAUUCUACGCUUGGAAUUACAUAAUGUAAAUCUAUCUAGAGUAGAAUGUAUCUCCAAAUAAGAUUAAUUCAGAAUGUCCAUAGUUCUAGCUCGUAGAGCGGUAUAUCGAAUUAGGUUAUUACAAACUUCUUACAAGUUUACGACAAGUUUGAAAUACAAUCUAAGUUAGACGCUGCUCGCAGUUAGCUACAACCAGUCUACAUUUAAGCGAAAACUAGUAGGAAUACAGUUAUGCAAAACGAAAAGUAUACUAGAAUAAUAUUUUUAAAUGCAAAAGGCCUUAACCACAGAAUAACUAGUAAUUACCGUCGAUUACCGCAAGUAAGUGAGAAAUUAUGUGAACCGCAACAAUGCACUGUUACAAGAAAAGAAAGAAGUUUACAUGCAGAGAAAAAUAAUUAUUUAUUCCUGUGUAAGGAAACAUUCUCAAUUUAUGAAGAGGAAAAUGAGAAAUAAAACUACUUUAAUUUAAAACUAUCGUAGCCAGCUAAAUAGCGCUAUGAAUCAUAACGCAAAUAUUAAUUUCAAUCAUAAUAGACGAUGGAGUUUGUUCCAGGUUUCCAGAAAUUAUUUGAACAUUUCUUGUUUAAGAGUAACAUUGGAUGUGAUUCUUAUCAAUCAGACUCUUCUUAGAGCCUGCCUCAGUUGUUGUAAUGGAGUAAGUUGAAGUUCUUUUCAUUCAAAUUGAGGUCGUUGUUAGCUUGAUUGAGAUUUUUAUUGCAAGUGCAGGCUUGGACAAAAUAUUUUGACAACAUUUACAGUAACUGAAUAUGACCAGCUCCCAGUUGACUUGUUAGUUCAGUUGGUAGAGCACUGCACCUGUUGUCAUAGUAUAGAGUCAAUGUCAAUCAUGAAAACCUAUGAGGUCUUUUAUAACCAUUUUUUUUUUACUAUACAACAAAUAUGCAAGUGCUACACAAAAUGAAUAAGUGAGCGAUGAAAACAAAUGACGCAAAACUAUUCAAACUAAACUAUGCAGAUUCCAGUACAAUAUGUCAUAUGGCAUGUUGCUAGUAAAGCAUUCUGGAAGGGAUUAAAAAUUUCAAUAUUUUAAUUACAGUAUACAACACCAGUAUCACAGAGGUCAUGGGUUCAACUCCUCCAAAUAUCAUUAUAACGGCUUAACCUUUAAACUCCCAGAGUGACCAAGACUAAAUUUCUCCUUACAAUAUCAAUACAAUAUCAACCAGAUAAGUGAUGAGAAUAAAAGAAAAUGUCAAGUGGAGGAUUAGUUGAUCCACUACUAAAUUCUCUGAACUAAAAUUAUAAGAAUUGUAUGGUUGACAGUAAGGAGAAUUACAAAUUUGAUCUGGGAGUUUUAGGGUUAAUUGGUGUUUAUUACUUCAAAGAUCACUUUCAUAUUCAUUUAUUAAUCUGUAGUUCACAUACAUAAUAUUCUUAUAUUCACAGUCAAGACAACUGUAAAAUUAACAAACUACUCUUUGGUCUUCUUGUUUCUUGCCUCCAGAUGAUUGUCACAGGAUCUCUUGGGAUUCCAGGUAGUAACAGAGAAAGGAACUCAUCAAGCCAAGCUUUUGUAAGUUGUAAUCUUUCAAACCUACAUGAUUAUCCUGUUUUUGUGCUUGUAUUGAAGGUUUUGGGGAUCCACAGUUUUACGUUAUGUAGAUGCCAUUAAAUUACACAAAGGGGGAGGAGGGGGGGGUGCAUUUAUGAAUUUUGACACAAUGCAGUUUGUCUCAAAUAUCAGUGAGCUUUACAAACUGAAACAUGUCUAAAUCCUCUGUGGUUGUGUUGCAGAGCUGCCCAUCUGAGUAAAUUUUAUGGUCUUGGGUAUGUCAUAUCUUCUUUAAAAAGAACUGCAACCAUCAAUUCAUUUGUAAUAAAAAUGUGGUAGUCCCCUCAAAGCGCAUGUGAACCAAAUAUUAACCCUUUAACUCCCAUGAGUGACCAAGACAGAAUUUCUCCUUACAAUAUCAAUACAAUAUCAACCAGAUAAGUUAUGAGAAUAAAGAAUAAUAUCAAUUUGGGGAUAAUUAGUUGAUCCAAUACUAAAUUCUCUGAACUUACAUCAUAAGAAUUGUAUGGUUGACAGUAAGGAGAAUUACAAAUUUGAUAUGGAAGUUAAAGGGUGAACACUUUGUGGUACAUGUAUCCUUAUUACUCAGGAAUAGUACUUUGACUGUAACAACUAUUUCUUCUUUAUGACCCAGUAUUAGCCAUUAUGCAUUGGGUGGCUCUUUUUUUGUAAAGGUUUCCAUAAGAAGGAAGCAUGUAUCGUUUUCCCAAAGCUCGUGAAAUACUCACCAUCAAGUUAAUGGUCACCAAUGGUGAAUGUCGUGUCCAAUGCAUCCUGGUAAAAACUGGGUCUUUAAUGAAUUUUAAAACAACAUUGAGAGUUUGAAAUUUUUCUAGAUCUAAUUAUUGAAAUGUUGUGGUCUUGGUCUUUAACCCUUUAAGGCUUAUGCUCUGUUCUAUAGUCCUACCCCCUAGCUACUACACAUUUUUUUGUGAAUUAGUUAGGAGAAUCUGGUAUUUGAUCAAGAUAACAACUUCUAUGUGAUAAGUUUGAGUAAAUCAUUACCAACUGCUGGAUAAUGUUUGCUUAGGGAUACUAUGGGUCUAGAGAAGUUACCAAUUAUAUCACUGCUGGGACUUAACCCUCCAACUUCCAUUAGUGACUAAAAUGAAAAUUUUCCUUUCACUAUCAGUACAAUAUCAAGCAGGCAAAUGAUGAGAAUUUGAAAAAAAGUAUUGAUUAGAGGAUUAUUACUUGAUUUCUUUUGUGUCUUGAUUUCUUCAGGCUGCUGCUUUUAUGGGUUGUGCCAUCACCUCUGCUGUGUUUGGAGGAAUAAUAAUCAUCUGUUUCAGUAUUUCUAUUGCAAUGUAUCGUACUUCUCCUUGGUAUGAAGAUGAUUUUUAUCAGCGCUACUGGUACAACUAUGAUGCAGAAAUGGCUGUUACAGUAAUCACAUUGAUUCUUGGUAUUGUUGAGUUUGGCAUUGGAAUUUGGGCUGCAGUUCUGUGCUGUAAUAUGAAUGCUUGCCAGUGCUGUGCUGUUCAAGGAGGCCAGGUACUGUAUAUCUACUGGGUAAAUUUUGCUUUGUCUGCUCCUUUGAGUCUGUGUUAGGGCCUUUCCACACUGGCAACAGAGUUGUUUAUUUCGACAAAUUUUCUAUCAUGGCCAACAUUUUACAAGUGCGGAUGGUUUGUCGCGACUUGACAAAUUUUGACCAAAGCAGACAAAUCUUCAAAUGCACUGCUGACAAAAUUUGUCUCGGGUAAAAUAAUUGGCAAAAUCAACUGAAUAAACAAAACCAUGAUAAACUUGUCGAUCGUUUGUCGUAUAAGCUACAACAAACAUGUAAUUGAACCAAAAUCAGUUUACUAGAAAGGCAAAAAUUGUCUUCUGCUGCAAAACUUGGAUAUUCUAAAAUUUUAAAACGACUUGGGAUAAAUCCUGGAAAGCAGAGGUGGAAUCCUUUGGCAACUAUGCUGGUUGGUCUUAUGAACAGAUUGAUGCUGAUGGAAUUUGACAGCCUUGAAAUUGUUAAUGGGGAUGCAAGAGAUGAGACAAAAACUUUUCAUGAUGAACUUUGUCCUUUGAUCUUGUGGGAACAAUUCUAGUUUUGUUCACUAGUGCAGGAAGACCCUGCCUAACAGGCUAUCUACCGAUCUUGCUCUAGUUUGUUCUAAUCAAUCAUAAUUAUUAUUAGCACUACCAUAACUAUUACUACCAUUUCGACAAUAGAAUAAGAUCAUUAUUUAUCUUCAUCAACAUCAUAGUCAUCCUCGUCGUCUUCAUUGUUGCUGUCAUGGUUGCAGUCAAGGUUAUGGUCAUGUCAUCAUCAUUGUCAUAGUCAUCAUUAUCAUCAUUAUAAUGUCAUCAUGGUUCAUUGAUUGUGUAGGCACUGCCUGUUUCCUUGUUUCUAUGUUUCCUUGUUUAUCUCUGUCUGUCUGCUGAUCUGUUUCUCCUCACAAUGUAAUUGUCUUGUGAUCCUUAAACAAUGAGAUCAAACAGCUUUUUUGGGAAGGUUCACAAUUAUAAUCACAUAAUCAGUACUUUUCUUUCCAUUUUUCAUUGAAAGCCGUUGUUUCUGAUAAUUCUUUUCUGUAAGGAAAGUGUGUAACUGUGGUUAUCAUGGACAAUUUGUGUAUUCAUAAAGCUGUAAAGUUUCAUUGUUCAUUGUUAACGCUUUUCAGCUGUCAAGGUUUUUGCAUUAUCAAGUGUCUACAUCUGAUGAUAUGUAAACUUACACUUGUAGGCACCCUCAAUGGUUUAUGUGAGCAACCAAGGCAUGGUGUAUGGUGCUGGGGGUGCUCCCAUGGGAAUUCCUGUGCAAACAGCAGGUGGUGUGGUAAUGGUUCCAGUAUCCUCUUCAGGGGGUGUAGGAGGCCAUCCUCAAACAGUUCAAAUGCCAGGAGGUGGUGUAAUGCAAGUAGUCACUCAGCCACAAAUGUACCAAGCCCCUAUAUCUGGGGCUGUGAGCAUGCAGCCUCAAAUGAUCCAGGUGCCAACAUCUGGAGCCGGGGCUGUGAGCAUGCAGCCCCAAAUGGUCCAGGUACCAACAUCUGGAGCUCAGGGAGGUCCAGCUCCAAUGGUCCAGGUUCCACCAACAGGAAAUCCCCAAGGACCUCCUGAGUUUGUCAGGGUCACCACUGAUGGACCAGUGCCAGAAGAGAAGGUACCACUUCCUUAACUAAUUGCAGGUUCCAAUAGGUGAGUCCAAUUAAGUGCUUUGACAUAACUUGUAAACUACUCCUUGAAUUGUCUUUGCUGAGUUGUCUAUUUUCCUUCUGGUGGUGUGGAAUCACUCCUGUUAGUAGUUUUAAUACUAUCACUAAAUUAUUUGUCUCUCAAAGUGUGAAAAGCCAUUUUUGAGACAUCUUGCUAGAUAGUCUUCUCCACAAAGUUUAUUCAUGUUCUUGUGUGCGUACAGUGCUUAGAGAGAAUUAGUGAAACAUCACAUCAGCGCACUCUUUACAGGGCUGUGGGGUGGGAAUGUUUAUAAAGUGGUCAGAAUGGUGAGAUAAUGAGAAAGUCUUAGAGACUUGCUCUCAAACAGGAAAUUCCUUUUUUCUUGUAGCUCUUUGUGGAGAUCAACGGACAAGCACGGAUGAUGAUGCUCACUAUUGUUUAAAUGCACCACACGUGGCAAAAGUGACACAUGUAUUUUGAAUGGUCAUCUUUGAGUUAUUAGACGUAGAGUGAAAAACUGGAAAGUAGAUCAGAUAGAUUGAAAACCAUAUAUGCGGCUGUUUUGAUAAAGGUGGUCAGGAAAAUAGCAUACAAAUGCACAUAACAAGCCCUAAAGGCAUUGUGGGUGCUUUUGGGGCCACGUUUCCGUAACCCUUUAACUCUCAAAAGUGGUCAACAUGAAACUUCUCCUUCUAUUGUUUUACAUUAUUCAGCAAACAGAUGAUGAGAAUUUUCAAACUUAUCAGGUAGAAGUUGUUAUCUUGAUCGAACAAAAAAUUCUUAUUACUAAGUUACAAGGAAAUGUUUAACAGCUAGAGGGGAGAAAUAACAAUCAGAUCUUGGGAGUUAAAGGGUUAAACUCAGGAUUUCAGGGAAAUCUGAGAAAACGUCGCAGUAAGGACGAGGCAUUGCAGGUUUGGUUAAUUUAUUUAUUUAUUUAUUUAUUUAUUUAUCUGACUUCUAAAAAUUAAUAUAUUACCAGAUACUUAGAUUACUCUUCGAGAUUGUCGCGUCCUUUUUCUGACAAACUUUUUCAAAACAGCUGUUCACUGCACUGUGUUAUUUAUCCCCAGCUAAUUGAUGAAUCUUACUAGACUGUAAAACUGGUCGUAAUAAAAUCUGGAAUGCAAAACAUUUCCAUGAAAUAAAGGCAUCUCAAAAG